AUGGCAGCAGCAAGGCAGAGCUAUGAGGAGAAGGAUGUGGCCUCGGUCUUGAGGACCACAUACCCUGAUCAUCUGUAUCAGGAGGAGACGGUAUUCAUGGCGGACUUCGAGGACGAUGAUAAUGAACCGAUUGAAGAACAAGAUGCCAUAAACUGCCUCCUGUCCUGGAAGCAGACGAGGGUCGGCAUCGCGAAGGAGAAGCUCAAUCGUGGUUUCGCAGCGAGCGGAUGUCCGGUGCCACUUCAAGAUCUGUUAGACGUCCGAGUUACGAGAACUAUCCAAGAAGAUGGGACGACCACUACCAUCCGGACGACCAACUGGCAACAGAGAGGACAGGCUCAUGCUGGACAAGACUAUCAGUGGACCGGCCAGUCGAUCUUUUUCCUGCGUGACCAUGAGGAGAUGGAUCCAUCAUUUUCAAGACAGAGCCGAUCCAUGCAGACCGAGCUGGACCAAGAGAACGACGACGUCCUUGUGGGUGAGGAGACAGAGUCAGAAAGUGAAGAACCAGCUGAAACUUUGGCGGUAUUGGUCCAUGGUACCGGUUUUGGUGUCCUGGAUACGGGAUGCGGCCGCGGCCUGGUUGGAGAGGAAACCCUCCAACGCCAUGAGACUGAGCUUCGACGGCAUGGUUUGGAGAUAACUGAGCUUGAAGACGUUCCUCACACGUUCAGGUAUGGCAAUGGCUCAGCGGACAAGUCCAUCAAGAGGGUCCAAUUGCCCGUGUUCAUCAAGGGCCGAAGGAUGAGCAUGCGUGUCCAUGUCGUCCCUGGUGGUGUGCCACUGUUGAUUUCCAAGGGAUUCCUCAAGGCAUUGGGACCCCAGAUUGACCUCCAGAACAACACGAUCGUCUUCAAGCAGGCUCACGUGACAACGGAGCUGCAUGAGAAGAAGGACGGGUCGUACCAACUCAACCUGAUCGACCUGUGUGCACCUCCGUCUUCUUCGUCGCACGAAGUUGAUGUGCUCGAGGCUAUGGAAGAGGGCGGAAGCGAUGGAGAGAAAGACGUCUUCACGGGUGACUUCACCAUCAACCCGGAAUAUAACACCGGUGAGGUUGACCAGAUUGAGAAUGACCAGGAGGCUGAGUCCCUGGAGGAGACGCCCAGCGAUGGAGUUGACCGAAAUGGCUGCUCUUCGAACGAGACUGAGGACAAUGACGGUGAGAACGCCAACACGCUGGACGAUGCGGGCUCGAAUGAAACUUCUGACGGCAUCAUGGAGAGCGAGAGCGACUGGAAAGAAGACGAUGCAGUUUCUCUCAUGGUGUUCAAGUCAGAAGAAAGGAAAAAGGUGCAAAACAACCUCGUGGAAGUGCUCAGGACAAAGGAGGACGAGGCCCCGACGGUGAUUGAAGUAUUCUGCCCAGGGCGCUUUGCGGAGAUGACAGAGUCAUGUGGAUUACGAUCCCAAGGAUCAUUCGACCUGAGUGACGGCUGGGACUGGACCAUCAAGGAACAUCGUGACCGAGUGGAGAUGACCAUCGACAUGGGCGACCCCGACUUGGUGAUCAUGUCACCUCAUGCCUGCACUCCGAUGGAGAAGCCGAAGGACCCGGAGCAGUUCCGUCGGGAGAUCAUCGAGGCAAAAGCCAUGGUGGCAUGGUGCUGCAAGCUGGCUCGGAAACAAUGA